AUGGAGGAGGUGAAAGAAGUAGUACUUAAUGAAAUUUGCUCAGCUGCCAUGUUAAACAAAAUACCAAAGAAGAAGGGUGACCCGGGAAGCUUGACUUUGCCUUGCCAAUUUGGUAACUUGGCUACCAUUCAUGCUUUGGCUGAUUCGGGAGCAAGUGUGAACCUCAUGCGUUAUUCAUUCUUCAAGAAAUUGGAUCUCCCGGAACCGAGGUCAAUUCGUAUGACAAUUCACUUAACAAACAAAACAGACACAUUUCAAAGAGGAAUAUGUGAAGACUUAUUGGUCAAGGUGGACAAGUUUGUGUUUCCUGCAGAUUUUAUAAUUCUAGACAUGGAAGCGGAUCCUCAAGUCCCGAUCAUCCUUGGAAGACCUUUCCUCAACACGGCAAGUGCUAUAGUGGACAUGAGAGACUCAAAGCUUACCUUACGGGUGGGAGAUGAUUCAGUCACUAUUGGGGUUGAUCAAGCUAUGAAGCAUGCGAGGAAUAGUGAUGAUAUGGCGUUCUCGAUUGACAUGUUUGAUGAAUUGAUGGAGGAAUGCGAUAAUGAAGAUCCCAACAAGUCCACCAUAUUUGAUGAAGAAUUUGAUGUUGAAAAAGACUUACUGGAAGAGAGGCUGCUGGAAGAAGCUGAGUAUGAAGAAUUAGUGAAGAAUUCUGAUAAAGCAACUCGCCGAGUAGAGUCGAUCUACUCGCCAAGUCCAUGUGAAGAAAUAAUUGAAUUCAUAAAUUCUACAGCACACUCGUCGAGUCCCUCACCUGUACUCGGCAAGUACAACAUGCAGAACGUAGAAACAGAGCUCAAAACAUUACCAGAUCACUUGGAGUAUGCUUUCCUUGAAGAUGGUCAUCAAAAGCCAGUUAUAAUAGCCUCUGACCUCUCCGAAUCUAAAAAAGAAGAACUAGUUCCAGUCUUGAAGAAGCGAAAGCGGGCCGUAGCAUGGAACAUUACCGACAUCAAGGGAAUAAGUCCCUCUUAUUGUUCUCACAAGAUUAACCUGGAGGAUGGAGCAAAGCCGGUUGUACAGCACCAAAGAAGACUAAACCCAAACAUGCAAGAAGUGGAAAAGAAGGAAGUAUUCAAGCUUUUAGAUGCGGGGAUCAUUUAUUCUAUUUCCGACAGUCCGUGGGUGAGUCCGGUCCAAGUGGUGCCCAAGAAAGGGGGAAUGGCGGUCAUAACCAACGAGAAGAACGAGCUUAUUCCGACACGAACGGUAACAGGUUGGAGAAUGUGCAUCGAUUAUCGACAGCUAAACGAUGCCACUUGUAAAGACCAUUUUCCCUUACUGUUUAUUGAUCAAAUGCUAGAAAGAUUAUCGGGCCAUAGUUAUUAUUGUUUCUUAGAUGGCUUUUCGGGUUAUUUCCAAAUACCCAUAGACCCAAUGGACCAAGAAAAGAUCACUUUCACUUGCCCAAGUGGAACUUUUGCCUAUCGUCGCUUGCCCUUUGGUUUAUGCAAUGCACCCGCAACAUUUCAAAGGUGCAUGACAGCCAUAUUCCACGACAUGGUGGAAAGAUUCAUGGAAGUCUUUAUGGAUGAUUUUUCUGUUUUUGGAUCUUCCUUCCAUGAUUGUCUCACUAACCUUGAUCUAAUGCUUGCUAGGUGUGAAAAAAACGACUUAGUUCUUAAUCAGGAGAAAUUUCACUAUAUGGUCAAGGAGGGUAUUUUUCUAGGCCACAAGGUUUGCAAAUCGGGAAUUGAAGUGGAUCGGGAAAAGAUUGACACAAUUGUCAAAUUACCCCCACCAACUAAUGUGAAGGGCAUUAGAAGCUUUCUAGGACACGCGGGUUUUUACCGGCGUUUUAUAAAAGAUUUUUCCACAAUAACUAGACCUCUAACACAAUUGCUUUUAAAAGAUGCCCCAUUCAAAUUUACUAAAGAGUGUUUAGAGGCGUUUGAAUUCUUUAAAGAAAAAUUGACUAAUGCCCCGAUCAUUAUUGCCCCGAAUUGGGAUGAUGCCAAGCCAAGAUUGAUACGUUGGGUUCUACUUCUUCAAGAGUUUGACAUCGAGAUACGCGAUAAAAAGGGAAUGGAGAAUGUAGCAGCCGACCACUUAUCAAGGCUAGAAAACCCGCAAUUGCAAGAAGAUAAAGUUGGAGAUGACUUCCCGGACGAGUACAUUUUGGUGACCACGGGAGAAGAGCCAUGGUUCGCGGACAUAGCUAAUUACUUAGCUAAUGCAGCCCAAUACGUCAAAGAAUGUGAUGCAUGCCAAAGAGCGGGAAACAUUUCAUCCCGAAGCGAGAUGCCACAACAUAGUAUUCAAGUGUGCAAAGUAUUUAAUGUAUGGGGGAUCGAUUUGAUGGGACCAUUUCCCAUGUCAAAAGGCAACAAAUAUAUAUUGGUGGCGGUGGAUUAUGUAUCCAAAUGGGCGGAGGCACAAGCCUUACCAACUAAUGAUGCUCGGGUGGUGGUGCGAUUUUUGAAGAAGUUAUUUUCAAGAUUUGGAGUUCCUAAAGCUCUUAUAAGUGACUGA